AUGACCCCUCCAUUUGCCCAACUUCGGACCCCGAUCGGCCACAUCCUCCACGUCCUGACCGCUCGCUGCGCUGGCCCCAACCACGUCCGCCAAGUCCAGGCCCGGCUCGUCGUCCUAGACCUCAGCUGCAAUACCACCCUCGCGUCGCGCUUCAUCAACGUCUGCCACUCCCUCGGCCUCUCGCACCUGGCUCUGCGCUUCUUCGCCCACCUCCCGAGACCCCAUGUCUUCAUCUGCAACACUCUCAUCCGAGCCUUCUCUCUCGCCCGCACCCCUCGCGUUCCUUUCUCGGUGUAUGCCCACAUGCGCAAGAACUCCAUCCAUCCCAAUAACUUCACCUUCCCUUUCCUCCUCAAGUCCCUGGCCGACUCUGGGGAGUUCAGACGGGGGCUCUGCGUGCAUACCCACGUUGUCAAAAUUAGCCAUCUUGAGGAUAUCUUCGUCCGGAAUUCGCUGCUCAAUCUUUACGCGUCCAGAGGCGGUGACAUGGCGCUUUGCCGCCAGAUGUUCGACGAAAUACCCCACAGAGACGUCGUGUCGUGGACCGUCCUCAUCACUGGGUAUAGGAAGGUUAGGAGGUUCGGUGAUGUCUUGAUGGCGUUCGAGCAGAUGUUGCUGUCCAAGUUAGACCCGAAUCGGGUCACGAUGGUGAAUGUGUUGGCCGCUUGUUCGAGUGUUCGCGAGGUCGGAAUGGGCAUGUGGGUGCAUGAUUUUGUGAGGAGACGAUGUUGGGAAUUGGAUGUGACUUUGGGGACUGCUUUAGUCAAUAUGUACAUGAGAUGUGGGAGAGUUGAUGAGGGAUUGAAAGCUUUCCAUAGCGUAAAGGAGAAGAGUGCUUUGACUUGGAAUAUGGUGAUUAAAGGGCUAGCUCUCGCUAAAAAUGGUGAUGAGGUAGUGAGUUGGUUUAAUAAAAUGCAACGAGAAGGGGUUAAGGUGGACGAAGAAACUUUGGUUGCAGUGCUUUCUGCUUGUAGUCAAUCAGGAUUGAUAGAGAAGGGUAGAGAAAUUUUCAGUGCGCUGCUUAAUGGAGAGUUUGGAAUUUCUGCAGGCAUCAAGCAUUACGAAUUUGACCGUAUGACACCGACGACAGUCAUGAUGAGUGUCGGCGUUGCUUACGAGCCUAGCUAG